UGCCCUUCGAUUAUGUAAUCAAGGUGAAUGCGGCAAUUGACUCCCUCUUCCGAAUCACAACGCUCUACUUGUACGCUAUGGAGGGUCAGCUUCGUGAGGUUGUAACGUUUUUACGCGAUCGAAACCCCCAAGUUCGGCAGAUAGCCCUCGAGAAUCUAUUACCACAAACCGUGAAGGGAGCCAUACAUAGGGACAUUUUCUUUACGGGCCUUCAAUCAGGUGGUCUUCAGAAGCCGAAAGAGAGCGAUGUCAUUAGGGACUUGAAGCUGCUAUGUCGAGACCAAUUGGGUGUAGCCCAUGAUGCCUUUAGAGCGCUGGUGAACUUAUCGGACUCGCCGUUAAUGUUGACUCCUCUUUCCGAACCCGCAUUCCUGAGCUUCAUCGCCUCGUACAUAAUUGACCCUCAUUCCAUCCUCGCCGAUCUUGCAUCAAUGCUCCUCUCGAACCUCACAGCCGCAUCGCCUGCCUGUUCUACCCUACUUUCCUUGAAAGUCUCCGUCAUUCCCGACUCCCGGUUAUCCAACUCUUUCUACCCAGUCGAAUCGCGGUGUGGAUCAUGUCCGGCACCAGUACCCUAUCCCUCAGCUGAAUCAAAAGAAAUGGCUGCUCUGCCCCUUCUGCUCGACGCAUUUGUAGAGGGUGCACAGAUCGUCGAGGAUGGCGAUUUAUCAAAACGAUCACGGAAGGCGACGCUCCACUUCUUGGCCAAUGUAUUUGCGAAUAUGACGGUUGCGCCUAUAGGUCGAAAUUACUUCCUUUCUCCCCAACCUGUCAACCUCGCCAAACCUGAUGCACUGGAGUAUCCUCUCGCCAAGCUCGUCGCUUUCACGGAGCAUGAAGACAAAGUGCGGAGAGGUGGUGUUGCUUCCACGAUCAAGAAUUGUUCUUUCUAUGCUGCAGGACACAAAGCCAUCCUAAGUCCAGAAUCCACCCAAGCGGCUGUUCCUCCCUCGAAAGAAACAGCACCUGGAAUCGACGCCCUACCCUACCUCUUGCUACCACUUGCUGGUCCGGAGGAAUACGAUCUCGAUGACCAAGAAAAACUCCUCGAACCUCUCCAAUUCCUCCCACCCACUAAAAAGCGCGAGCCGGACGCGAGCAUCCGGCUGACACACGUCGAGACAUUACUCCUCCUAUGCCACACGCGCCGGGGCCGAGACUACCAACGACAACAUGGAGUAUACGAGAUAAUCAGAGUCGCGCAUGAGCACGAGACGGUGGAUAAGGUCUCAGAACACAUCGAGCGACUGGUACAGCUCCUCCAUGGAGAAGAACCAAAGAUCAUCGACGCGGAAGAAGAAUUUGAGGAGAUCAAGAAGGUUCCUGGGCCAGAACCGAUGAUGGGUAAUGUUAAGGAGGAGAUGAAACCUACGCUUCCUUCAACUACAGACUCGGACGACGAGGACAUGCGAAUAGAGGAGAUAUAGU